UAAAAGUAUGAUGUUAAAACGAAACAGUAUGUAAACGUAGUUUAGUGUAUGGUGUUUGUAAAAUUGCUCCUGUUUAAGUUUAAAUAUUUUUAUGGUUCUAAUUUUCCAAAAAUUAUGAAUUAUGAACCAAUGAUUACAAAAGUGAUUAGUUUACCACUCUUAUAACUGUGAGUAAAAACACUUGAUUAAUACGAAAUCUUUGCAUACUUUUCAUCAUUUAUUCUACUGGAGUAUAUAUCAAUUAACGCUGGUACUAGUUUUUGUGCUUGAGAUAGUGAAGAUAAUAUCAAGAGAUACUUAUUAAAUUCAUUUAUAUUGUAUCCAAUAUUUCGUUUAGUAAACUACGUUUACACAAAUUUAUUGUUGUUAAAUCAUGAAGGAGGCAGUUAUCAAAAAACUACUCGAAGAAAAUUCAAAAAGCUUAUAAAUGUAAUGGAGAGUAACAAAACUGAGCUUAAGAAUGCAUUAAGUUCCUGUGAAAGAAGAUUACAGUCGUCUAUUGAACUAGAAAGUAAAACAGUAAGAGAUCUGCAAGAAGACAAUUUCAAAUUAAAAAAUAAAGUUGAACAGUUGGAAAUAACUCUAAAAAGAAACAACUUAAUUAUAUUUGGUCUUAAAACACCCAAUAAUACCAUAAUUAUAAAUUUUAUCAUCGAUAUAAUUAAUAAGCUUUUCGACAUAAGUUUAAUGUAUUCGGAUAUUGCAAACUUAUACUCUGUGGGAAAAGACCUCAACGCUCAUGUAAUAAUUGAAUUUUGUAGCUUUCUCAAAAAAAGAAGUAUUUUUCUCAAUUUCAAUAAAUUAAAGAAUAGAGGAGUUUUUGUUGCGAAUGAUUUAACUGAACUUCAAAGAGCUCAGUAUAAACAACUUAAGGAAUAUGUUUUGAAAUAUAAGGAAGAAGGCAAACAUUGCUUCAUACGAGGCAACAAAUUAAUUUUGGAAAAUAUAAGUUACUCUUUGGAUGAUCGAUAG